AUGAACUGCUCUAUUUAGCGAUUUAUGUUGUCGACAAAAUAAAUGUAGUACACACGACAACUGGCCACACAUUUUAUAGUUUAUUGUACGAACUAGGAAUAUUUUCCUUUUUAUACAUUUAAUACCAUGUUUAUUAGAAUAAAGCAAAAACUGUUCCAAUGUGCUUGUCUACUAAUGUCAAUUCUGAGGACGGUUCUGACAUUCCCUUAUAACUGGAUGUUAAGUUUUAUAGAGAAGCUAUAUAAAAGGAAGCAAAACAGUCUACAAUUGAAAGAAACACGGACACUUGGACCUUUAGAAAGAUAUUUUUAUUUUUGGAUUCUACAAUAUGAUGAUACGUUUCCGUAUAAACUUACUCUCUCAAGCACAUCCCCGUUUACCGUCAAACAAAUAUCGGCUGCAGUUUCUGCCUUGGUCAUUCAACAUCCAGUGUUACGAAAGUCCUUUAUGAAUAAUGGAAGAACUGUGGAAUUGGUUGAAUUUCCGAAUAAAGUCGAUUACCUUGAGGUAUUGUCGAAAAACUAUUUUGACUCAAUGUUCAAUGAAUUUUCUUUAAACGGCAAAUCAUGGCGACUUGUACUGUUAGAACCCGAUGCGGAAGCAACACACACUAUAACAAUUUUGAUCGGCGUUCAUCAUGCCCUGUCAGAUUAUAUCUAUAACCGUCAGAUAAUUACAUCAUUUAUUCUCAAUUUAGAUAAGCUACAACAUGGUAUGACUCCCUCAACAGACAUUGUCUUUAAGCACAGCAAACCGAUCGAGGAAAUGACAAGUGAUACACCUAUUAGAGAGGUUGAAAGUUACUCAGUUGGUCCAACAUAUCAAAAUAAAAAAGUUCUCACAGCUACAGAGUUAUUAUCACAUGCAGUCAAUAAAUUCGGUCAUGCAAAAUCUCCGUUCAGUUCUAGUAGGACAAUAAAAUGGAAAUUAGACAAAAAAACAUCACAGAUUUUCGUUGAUUCAAGAAGGAAAUGUAAAGGAUCAAUAACUGCCUUACUUUUAACAGUAUGCAUCUCAUCUUUUAUGAAGUUAACACGGACAUGUUUGAAAAAGGACGAAGUAGUUAACCUACCUUUCGUGUUUAUGGUUAAUCUACGUAGAUAUAUAGUAAACAAAGAAGAGUUCCGAGGGAAUGCAUCCAUAGAUGUGCAAUGCUAUUUACAAAUGGCAUCAUCAUUUACCUCGAACAAACAAUUCUGGGUUACGGCGAAUAAUGUUUCGAUUAAAAUUAGGGAAAUAAUAGAAAGUGGACAUCUUCUAGUUGCAGCGAAAGACUGGAUAGAUUAUCCUGUGGCAGCUAUCGCUUUGACACAUGUUGGUUCUACAGAUGAUUUCAUAGAAGAGAAAACAAACAUUUGCCUCGACGACCUUGAGACAAACACCAAUGUCAAUCAAGAAAUGGCGCCAAUAUUCUACGUCAAUACCAAUUCUGUUCGAGGCGAGAUGCAGUUUUUUAUUUCGUACAGUUCCUCGUUAAUCCCUGAUCUUUUCGCACAAAAGUUUGCUGAUGGUAUAUCUGAAAGUAUACAAAAUUUAGAAAAUGAGCAUCCCAAUUGAUCCUUCUUUGUGUUAUAUAAAACUACGAUCAAAUACUAAGCUUGUAAAAUUACGAGAUUCAGUCGUAGUGGUUAUGCGAUAUAUCAUUUUUCAAAAAGAACCACAGAUCCAUUCAACACGAUACUAUUUAAAAAAUUGAUCGAAAAACUUUUUUCGUCAGUCGUGAAAAACGUCAAACAAUUUUAACCGCGCCACAUUCUGUUUUGUACAUAAAUAAGGCCGUUAGUUUUCUGGUUUGAAUUGUUUAACAUUUGUCAUGCUACAUCUUCUUUUUGUCGAGCCUUCGACUUUUGUCGAAAAAGCGAGACAUAGCGAUCCUACAUUCCGUCGUCGGCGUCGUUGUCGUCGUCGGCGGCGUCCACAAAUAUUCACUCUGUGGUUAAAGUUUUUGAAAUUUUAAUAACUUUCUUAAACUAUCCUGGAUUUCUACCAAAAUUGGAAAGAAGCUUGUUUAUGAUCAUAAUAUAGUAUCCAGAAGUAAAUUUUGUAAAAACAAAAUCAUUUUUUCAGUAUUUUACUUAUAAAUGGACUUAGUUUUUCUGCCAGUUAAUAUUACAUUCACUCUGUGGUUAAAGUUUUUAAAAUUUUAACAACUUUCUUAAACUAUCUUGGAUUUGUACCAAACUUGGACAGAAGGUUGUUUUUGAUCAAAAGCUAGUAUCUAGAAGGAAAUUUUGUUAAAAUUUUGUUAUAUUUUUUCCUUAUUUUACUUAUAAAUGGACUUAGUUUUUCUUCCAGUUAACAUUACAUACAUUCUGCAGUUUAAGUUUUUAAAACAUUUAUUAGAUUCAUAAACUAUCCUGGAUUUUUACCAAACUUGGACAGAAGCUACUUACAAUAAAAAGAUAGUAUAGAGAGGAAUAUUUUUAUUAAUUUUUUUCCUCAUUUUUGUUGAGCCUGCGAUUAACAGUAAAAGUAGGCAAGACACUGGGUUCCGCGGAACCCUUACGAAUUUUUUAUACAAUAUGCAAAUUUGGUUUUUACAAUAAGACCACAACAAUUUGUUUUAAAUAAUGAUUAAUAUAUCUUCAAAAUAAAAAACUUCGUCAAAAUUGUU